AUGGCCGGCAGCACACAGGAGUCGGACCGACGGGGCCAAAUAAAACUCACAAGCACCCAAGAAACGCUCCUCAUCACGCUCUACUCGCGAUGGCAGGACUUCUACUCGCCCCGACCGCUCCUGGGCGACCGCUGGUCGGCCGAAGCCAUGGAGCGCGUCCUGGAGCAGACGACCGAGGCGCGCUCCCGCACAAGAGGAGGCAUGGUGUCGGGUCUGCCGCUGCUGGUCCUGCGCGCGCGCCUCUUCGACGAGUGGACCGCCGAGUUCCUGGCCGAGAAUGAGCGCGCCACCGUCGUCCAUCUCGCCUGCGGACUGGACACGCGCGCCCUGCGGCUCCGCGACAGGUGCGGCCCCGGCGUCACCUGGAUCGACGUCGACUUCCCCGACGUCAUCGAGCUGCGGCGCCGGAUGGAGAUUCCGGAGCCCAGGCGCGCCGCCGACGGCUACUCGUACGACAUGGUUGCCUCGUCGGUCGUCGACGCGGGCUGGCUCGACAGCCUGCCCGCGGGGAAGCCGACCCUCGUCAUCUUCGAAGGCCUGACAAUGUACCUGUCGCCCGACGAGGGCCGCGGCCUGAUCAGGCGGCUGCUCGGGCGCUUCGGCACCGGCCAGCUCGUCUUCGACAGCGUCUCGACCGCGAGCCGGUUCGUGCUCAACACCGUCCCCGGCGUCAAGGGCCUCUGGACCUUCAAGUUCGACUGGGCCAUCGACGACCCGGGCGCCCUGUGCGCGUCGUGUCCCGGCCUCGUCUUGGCCACGUCCCUGCGUCUCUGGGACAUGCCCGGCCUCGAGCGUCUGCCUUGGCCGAUGCGGCUUGCGGCUUUUGUCGCCUCUUGGAUACCCAUCCUGAGGGACGUUUCUCGCAUGAACAGGUUCAAUUUCUGA